AUGUCUGUGUCUGAUACUGAAGAUGUCUAUGAUGGAAUCUCUGGGCAGCUUAGCGGUGGAAAUUCCGACGGCCUACUGGCGAUAUUGGUGAUAUUUAUUUCACUGUCUUGCUACAAUGUACUUGAACUCGUCAUCUUGGUGCUUUCGACCUUUCGACGGUGGGGAGGGCUGUACUUUUGGAGUCUGUUAACCUCCGGAGUACUUGGGGUCGUGCCAUACUCGGUUGGCUUUCUGUUGAAAUUCUUCAGCCACGUGAAUUCAACGCUCUCUGUCAGUAUCCUCACCAUUGGCUGGUGGAUUAUGGUCACAGGACAAUCCCUUGUCCUGUAUUCACGGUUACAUCUUGUGCUUCGAGAUGAGCGUAUUCUCCAUCGUGUUCUGUACAUGAUCAUCGCAAAUGUCUUUUUCCUGCACGUGCCAACAACAGUCUUGACUUAUGGCUCGAAUGUCAUCAAAAACGAUAAGGAGGUCCGCUCUCCCUGGGUGGAGGGCUAUAACAUCAUGGAAAAGAUCCAAAUGACGGGGUUCACCAUCCAGGAGGUUAUCAUUUCGAUACUAUAUGUUUGGGAAACCGUCAAAAUGCUCCAGCUUGGCUCCAGUCGCGAGAAUCAGAAAAUCAUGCGUCAGCUGGUGGGAAUAAACGUGGUAAUUGUCCUCAUGGACCUGGUGUUGCUAGGCCUCGAGUACGCCAGC